GUCUGAAUAUCAGGGUCACGUGCUGUGGUCGGCUUCAUCACAGCAGCAGAGACUCAAACAAACCGGUGGAGGAACUGACUGAAGGUUCGAGUCCCUGCGGGUGAGCAUCUACUCCAGCAGCAGGUGGACACCAUGAACUACGUGGGGCAGCUGGCGGGCCAGGUGCUGGUGACGGUAAAGGAGCUGUAUAAGGGGAUCAAUCAGGCCACCCUGUCGGGCUGCAUCGACGUGGUCGUGGUCCGACAGCCUGAUGGGACGUUCCAGUGCUCCCCUUUCCAUGUUCGCUUUGGAAAACUUGGGGUGCUGCGCUCCAGGGAGAAAGUAAUUGAUAUAGAAAUCAAUGGGGAACCUGUGGAGCUGCACAUGAAGCUGGGAGACAAUGGAGAGUCCUUUUUUGUCCGGGAGACGGAGCAGCACAACGAGAUUGUUCCAGCUCACCUGGUGACCUCGCCCAUCCCAACAGAAGAGGCUCUGUUCAGGAGCAGAGAGCCCAGGUGUGGGGGACCAGCGGCGGAGAACAGUCAGCCUCUGGGUCCAGAAGACUCUGCCUCUGGAAACCUCCAACCCUGCUCCAACACAGCCGGCAAGAAGAAGAGGAGACGCAGGAGGAAGCACAAGGCUGAGCCACGCAAGGAGGAGCAAACCACACCUGCAGGCGGGGAGGUGGAGCUGUGUGAGCUCAGUUCAGAUGAGGAGCACACAAACGCGCCCAAUGGACGGGCACUCUCUGUGAUGAAGGAUCAUAUGGACCACAGGCAACAUUCUUCCCUUACCGCCCUCGAAUGGGACAGCUACCCUUUCUCAGAUGGAGACUGGUCCCCUUGCACUACCAGGGAGAUGUCGGAGUCCAUGUCGCCCAAGAGUGACUCUGAGCUGAUGUUGAAGCCGGCACAGAGCAUGCUCAGGGCCGAGUCCCACAUGCAGUGGACCUGGGGAGAGUUCCCAGAAUCCACCAGGGUCAACAAAAAGGACAAAUCGGAGCCAAAGAUGUUGUCCAUCACUCCCUCUGAGAACACACAUUUCAGGGUUAUCUUGAGCACAGAAGCCAUGGAGGAAAGGGAAGGAGAGAGAACCACAGAUGCUUUUUGCAGUAUUGUGAAGCCAGAGCCUCGGACCAUCAAACUUGACCAGUGCAGCUGCAAACCACAGCUCCCAGAAGCUUCGUCACACAAUACAAACAUCACCGAGCACAAGCCAGACCUUUCAGACUUAACGUCCAGCAGUUUUACCUCGGAGCCGUGUGCCUCCAACGCUGACCUCCGCUCAAAAAGCACACGCGAGACCAGGUGGACGUCUUCCCCACCGAGCCGCAGAGACCGUGACAUGGCUGGAGAGUCGGCAGCAGAUUGUCCCGAUUCAAGAUCUAAACCCGACGACUCCCCCGCCAAGAGGAGAGGUGUGAGGAAGAGGAGCCAACAUCAGGGCCCUGAAGAUAUUUACCUGGAUGACCUGAAUGCACUUGAGCCCGACGUUGUUGCCCGGUACUUCCCAAAAAGUGAGUCUGAGCAGGUUCCUAAGCACUGGGUCGAGAUGGGGCGGCACUCUGAAUCCCAGUCUCCCCAGUCUGUAGGCAGCGCAGCGGCAGACAGCGGCACCGAGUGUCUGUCGGACUCUGCUGGUGACCUCCCUGACGUCACGCUGUCGCUGUGUGGAGGUGUCGGGGAGAACUCUGAGAUCCCUAACGAGAAAUUCAUGGAGCACAUCAUCACCUACAAUGAAUUUGCAGAGAACCCAGCUAUAAUAGACAACCCCAAUUUGGUGGUUAAAAUUGCAAACAGGUAUUACAACUGGACACUGGCGGCACCGCUGAUACUUAGCAUGCAGGCUUUUCAGAAGAACUUGCCAAAGGCGACAGAGGAGGCAUGGGUGAAGGAGAAAAUGCCAAAGAAGUCUGGACGCUGGUGGUUCUGGAGAAAGAGCAGCGUGAAGCAGCUGUCAGACACCAAGUUAGAGACACAAGAGUCUCUGAGCGGAGAGAGCUCUGGCCUUCACCCGGCCCCAGAAACGCAGCAGAAAGCAGCAGAGUGGUCCAGCGACGAUGAGACUAAAGAGCUGAACGCUGCGGCGCCUGCUCCGAUGCCUACUGAGCAUGUGCAGACAGAAGGCCCGGCACCGUGUCACUCCUACAGGAAGUCCCUCCGCCUGUCGUCUGACCAGAUAGCCAGCCUGAAGCUAAGAGAGGGCCCUAAUGAUGUCACCUUCAGCAUAACCACUCAGUACCAGGGGACAUGUCGCUGCGAGGGCACCAUCUACCUGUGGAACUGGGACGACAAGGUCAUAAUCUCCGACAUCGAUGGCACCAUCACAAAAUCCGAUGUGUUUGGUCAGAUUCUUCCUCAGCUCGGGAAAGACUGGACUCAUCAAGGCAUCGCUAAGCUCUACCACUCAGUGCACGAGAAUGGCUACAAGUUCCUGUACUGUUCGGCCCGAGCAAUCGGCAUGGCUGACAUGACCCGAGGAUAUCUGCACUGGGUGAACGACAGAGGGACUCUCCUGCCUCAAGGACCCCUCAUGCUCUCACCCAGCAGCCUCUUCUCCGCCUUCCACAGGGAGAUCAUAGAAAAAAAGCCUGAAAAGUUCAAGAUCGAAUGUCUCACAGACAUCAAGAACCUGUUCUUCCCAAACGCACAUCCUUUCUACGCAGCCUUUGGAAACAGAGAAAGCGACGUGUUUGCUUACAAGCAAGUGGGCGUGCCCGUGUGUCGGAUAUUCACAGUGAAUCCCAAAGGGGAGUUAAUCCUCGAGCAAGCCAAAGGCAAUAAAACAUCAUACAGCCGGCUGAGUGAGCUGGUGGAGCAUGUUUUUCCUUUACGUAGUUCGCAACACAACGCCACCUUCAGCUGCCCCGAGUUCAGCGCCUUCUGUUACUGGAGACAGCCCAUCGCUGAGGUGUGUUUUGAGGAGCUGCUUUAACUUUAACAAUGAAUGACUUGAAACCGAAGCAGUAAUGGCGGUAUGCACUGGCUUAUAAUAUUGAUCAGGUUUUGUAGACUACUGGAAUCGAUUUGACACAUUCCACUUUAGUGAACAAGUUUGGGAUAUUAAUGUAUUCAUCUCGGGGCUUAUUUGAGUCAUGCGAGUUAUGGAUCUUUAUACACAGAGGGCUUUUCCCCCCAAAAUGUAUGAGAAGAUAUUCCCUUUGGACUUAUUUAGGCAGUGGAGGUGUUUUAAACUGGCUGCUGACUGCAUUACUCUGUCAUAAAACAUAACAUUUAGAGCAUCUAUGUUUUCCUCCCUUUUAAGGUCUUAUUCCCUGUCUUACAUCUUUGCACAAUGUUGUAAAGAGAACUUUUAGAGACUGCUGCUAUUUGGUAUGAAGAAGUUUGAACUUUGCUGAUGUUUUUGCCAGGCUUGUGAUGUUGCCAUUGUAAAAACGACCGUAUAUUAAUGUUCUGCCUCUUUUUUGUUCUUGUGCUUUUCACGCUCAGUAACAGCUGUAAGUAAAAUUUAAUGUAUUCUUUCUAUGAAAGUGACGUUUGUGUGAAGAGAACAGUGUUUUCCUGGUUCUGUGGAGUCAUAUUUCACUUCAUUGUUGUGGCAGUCCAGUUUACAUGAUGAUGAUGUAAGUACAAAGUAUGUUUGGAUGACUGUUUUAAAAAAGAAACAUUCUUUUUGAUCUGCUUUGACAGAGACUUCAGAAAAACAUGAGUAAUUUAUAGUGUAAAGCUUGAACUCUGUAUACAUAUAUUUACUGUAAUAAUAAACUGUUAAAUCAAA